UGCAAUGUCCAAGCUGUCAUGGCAGCCUCAGUGUCGUGGUGGAGAUAUGAAAAUUAUCGAAUUUAAAUACAUUUUAGAGCCCAGUAUCUAGAUCAUUUUGAGUGUUAUUUCGUACUUAAUUAUUGUAAUGCUAAUAUGGCAAAUCUUGAUAUUUCGGAUUUGCCAGAAAAAGUGCGCGAAAGUCUGGAAAGAGCGGGCCUCGUUUCUACAAUUUCAAUUUUAACGUCUUCUGAUUAUGAAUUACUGAAACAAGGAAAUUUGUCAAAGGAAGAAUGCGAAUUGCUCAAAACACGUGCUGCAAAAUCAAUUUUAACUUCUGGGUUCAUUCCUGUUGCAGGUACAAUUCGCAAGUUGGAAGAAAGAUGGCAACGUUUAUCAGUAGGUUGCGUGAAAUUGGAUGGAUUUUUAAGAGGAGGUGUCGCAGCCCACGGGAUAACAGAAAUUGCUGGAGAGAGUGGAAGUGGGAAAACCCAACUCUGCCUUCAGAUGACUAUGACAGUCCAAUACCCAGUCUCAUGUGGUGGCUUUAAUGGAGGAGCAGUUUAUAUUUGUACUGAAGAUGCCUUUCCUUCUCGUCGCCUUCACGAAUUAUUCAACUCGUUCCCCCCCACAUUCUCACAGUCACAGACCAAUAUCAGUUUUGGAGGCAAUAUCUUCAUCGAACAUAUUGGUGAUGUUGAAAGUCUGAAACAAUGUUUGUUUGUUCAACUGCCUCAGCUUCUGACCAGGCACAGCAUCAGGCUCAUUGUGGUGGACUCCAUUGCUGGAUUGUUUCGAGCAGAUUAUGAACCAAGUGACGCUAUAAACAGAGCAAAAGACUUACAGAUUGUUGGUAGCCAGCUUCAUAAACUUGCAGAGAAAUUCCACAUGGCUGUGAUAUGUGUCAACCAGGUAACAGAAGUGGCUCGUGAUGGGAAAAAUAAUGAAAUAAAACAGCAUGCUGUGCCGGCACUAGGCCUGGCAUGGGCAAACAUUGUAACAACACGUCUCCAGCUGCAUCGCACUGCCCGUACUGUCCCUGAUCCUCAUCAGCCUAUGCUUCAAGUGUCUGUGAGGACUUUUGAGGUUGUGUUUGCACCUCAUCUUCCU